AUGAGUGCCGACAACGGGCCGCUUUAUCUGGGCUUUGACCUUUCAACCCAGCAACUCAAGGCCAUCGUCGUCAACUCCGACCUCAAAAGCGUCGCCGAGGCCAAAGUCGACUUUGACCAAGACUUCGGCGCCAAGUAUGGCAUCCACAAGGGCGUCCACGUGCGCGACCAGACGGGCGAGGUCUUUGCCCCCGUCGCCCUGUGGCUGGAAUCGCUCGACCUGGUGCUGGAGCGCCUCUCGCAGGCGAUGCCCGUGCCCAUGAGCCGCAUCAGGGGUAUCAGCGGCUCCGGCCAGCAGCACGGCAGCGUCUUCUGGAGCGCGAGCGCCGAGGAGCUGUUGAAGGGGCUGGAUGCGGCGAAGCCCCUGGUUGGGCAGCUGGAGAAGGCGCUGGCGCAUGAGUUUGCGCCGAAUUGGCAGGAUCACAGCACGCAUGAGGAGUUGGUUGCGUUUGAUGCCGAGCUGGGAGACAGGGAGAAGUUGGCUGAGGUUACGGGCAGCGGUGCCCAUCAUAGAUUCACCGGACUCCAAAUCAUGAGAAUCAGACGAGUCCUCCCAGACGUUUACGCAAACUCAAAGCGGAUAUCUCUAGUCUCCUCAUGGCUCGCCUCCGUGCUCAUGGGCGCCAUUGCCCCCCUGGACGUCAGCGACGUCUGCGGCAUGAACCUCUGGGAUAUCCCCAACCAGACCUGGAGCGAGCGCCUGCUGGCCCUUUCCGCCGGCCCUGAUGGCGUGGCCGAUUUGCGCCAGAAGCUCGGCGAGCCUCGCAUGGACGGCGGCGGUUCCAUGGGUGCCAUCUCACCCUACUUUGUCACCAAGUACGGCUUCAGCCCAGAGUGCCAGAUCGUCUCCUUCACUGGCGACAACCCGGCCACCAUUCUUGCGCUCCCCUUGCGUCCUCUCGAUGCCAUCGUCUCGCUUGGCACGUCAACUACUUUCCUUAUGAAUACGCCCGCAUAUAAGCCAGACGAGUCAUAUCACUUCUUCAACCACCCCACAACACCCGGCAACUACAUGUUCAUGCUGUGCUACAAAAACGGCGGCCUGGCCCGCGAAAAAGUCCGUGACACCCUGCCCAAGCCCCAGGACGGCGCGACAGGCUGGGAGAACUUCAACAAGGCCGUGCUGGAAACUAAACCCCUGGGUGUGGACGACGAGAGCGACCGGGCAAAGCUUGGUCUGUACUUCUAUCUCCGGGAGACGGUACCCAAUAUCCGUGCUGGAACCUGGCGUUUCACUUGCAAUGGUGACGGUACCGACCUGAAGGAAUCCCCGCAAGGCUGGUCCAAGGAAUCUGAUGCUCGUGCCAUUGUCGAAUCUCAAGCUCUUUCCAUGCGUCUCCGAUCCCAAAAGCUUGUUCACAGCCCGCGCGACAGCCUCCCCGCGCAACCCCGUCGCAUCUACCUCGUCGGCGGCGGAUCCCUCAACCCAGCCAUCACACGCGUGCUCGGCGAAGUGCUCGGCGGUGCAGAUGGUGUAUACAAGCUUGACGUCGGCGGUAAUGCAUGUGCCCUGGGAGGCGCGUACAAGGCGCUCUGGGCUCUGGAGAGGAAAGAUGGCGAGACGUUUGAUGAGCUGAUUGGCAAGCGGUGGACGGAGGAGGGCUCGAUUGAGAAGGUGGACAUUGGAUAUCGGGAGGGCACAUAUGAAAAGUACGGCAAGGUCUUGGGAGCGUUUGAAGAGAUGGAGGGUAGGCUUCUUGCAGAAGAAAAGCAUUGA